CUCCUGGCGUGUGCUCACGCGCGCACGAGGCAGACGGCGCUCGUGCUCGUGCUGAUGCCGCGUGCAUGAGGCAGCACUUCGCCCAUCGCGGAAGGGACAUGACAAAGCGCUGAGUCAUGUCUGCUGGCCCCGACGACAGCGACAGCGUGUUUGAGCUGAAUUCGGUGAUUCCCGAAACGGAGCUGCUGGACAACAGCAUCCAGAAGGGGCGGGCCCAGCUGACCAGGAGGCACCGCCCCUCUCGCUCACAUUGCCACGACAGCGUCAGCUCGAACGACGGCGACGACAGUCCCGACGGCAGGCAGGUCGGUGGCGGCCGGCGCCGACGGGAGGGCGUUCGGUCAUCGGGGAAGCGGGGCGAGAAGAAAGCGGUCCCGGCGGCCUUCGCGCUCCUGGCAUCGGCGCUCUCAUAAGGCGCAAAAAGAAAGUCAGAGGGCGCCGUCAACUUCAUGUCACAAAAUUUACAUCGUCGGAAAAUAUAUCAGUAUACGAUCGGCGCAGUAGUAAGGAUUUCUUGCUUGCGACGCUUUCUUUGGGAAGCGACUUGUAAAAGUGUCCCGCUUAAAGGCCCUCCGUCGCACCGCCGGUCAAUGUCCGCAACGACCGUAGCACCGCGCAGGACGUGUCGCGCUAGGCGGCAAAAACAAACUUUGGAAGCAGCCAGCUGACCGCACGCGUGUACGGUACUUUCACAGGAAGUGACAUCGCUACAUGCAAAUGAGCAACACCAUUUGUCUCAUUUGACUUUCUCUUGAUUGUCUUUUAUCGUUGCCUCCCCGUUAGUGGCCGAGAUAACUAGAUUGACACUUUAAUGAAAGGAUAUAUUGCAGCGACAAUGAAGCGGCGCGGUUCCCAGCGCGCAUUGCGCCACGCAAGGAUGAAGCGUUGCCGUUAGAAGGACGUUAAUCCUUAUCGUUGGCGUGUGCUUGUUAGCCGUUGUUGGUCGGACUGUCGGCUGAGGUUUACGUCGCUCUUUGUUUGCACGAAACGGACCGCGGCUCGCGUCUGACCUCCCGGCCGGUUCCGCCGCUGGCCAGGCGAGACGGCGCGACGACGUCGAUUUGGCGACUUCCCGGCCGUGCGCGAUACUAAUUUCUGCGAACCGUUCAACGAAGCCUCCGGACCAAAAGAGCCUCUGUUUUCUUGGAGCGCCACAAUAUUGAGAUCGGCACGGAAAGCCUUCACUGCAGAGGGCGCGCCAACCCAUCUGAGGGGGCUCGCACGUGCCCCCUCAUGACGCCGCCACCGAUGUAACGUCACCUGACCAGCGUGAGUGCGUGCGUGCGUGUGUGUGUGUGUGUGUGUGUGUGUGCGCGCGCGCGUGCGUGAACACCAGGACAGUGCGACAUCCUCCGCCCACUCUCCUCUCCAAGUGACGAUGCGAGGCUCCUCCCCUUCCCCUGAUUCGCUGCUGUCGCCUCGUAGCUCCGCCUUCUCCUUCGACACAUCACUGGUGCGCCGCCUGCCGGACGAGGCCGGCCUGUCAUUGGCCGGGACCCCACGGGCGCGCUACCACCAACUGACCGACGACACGUCUCAAGAGGCUCUGGCCACGCCCACCAGCGCGCUCUCCAAGUCCUGGCCCGCCUCGUCCGACGCCUCGCCCGUCUACACACGAAGGAGCAAAAGGCCUGACAGCGAAGUUCUGGUGUCCGAGUCGAGUCGCGACUCGAGUCCCGCCGACCCGGGUCCGGUGCCGCUGGACCAGAAAACCAGAAGACGCUUCCUGGAUUUGGGCGUGACUCUCAGGCGCUCCUACCUCCGAGCGAAGAAGGACAAGCGAGCGGGCGAGGCGGCCGGCGGGGACACGCCCGAGAGUCUCCGAGAGCGAGAGAGUUCAUCUUCGCGAGCGUCCUCCGUCUCGUUUUCUUGGUUCUCCUCUUCGGGAACGCCGCCGGGAUCCCCGCAAACGCACGCCGCCGACGCACACGCACACCCGAAGUCCCGCUCGCAGGAGUCGACUUGGAGCGAGGACUUUUCUCGUCCUCCGACGUCACCGUCCGGGUGUCCUCACGUGGAGUUGUCGGCCUCCGUGUCGGCGCACCCCUACCGCACGCUCUCGCAGUCUUCUGACGAGCCCGGCGACGAGCCGUCGUGCCCGGCAGGGUCUUGGACGAGUCAGCAGGUGUGCGAGUGGCUGCGGGAUCUGAGCAUGGAUCGCUACGUCCCGGAGUUCCGAGCCGGAGACGUGGACGGACGCUCGCUGCUCCGGUUGGACGGCGGAAAGCUCAAGGGUCUGGGCGUGCUCAGUUCGUGCGAUCGCGGCGCUCUGAAGCGGCGCAUCAAAGUCUUGCGGACGGCGGCGGAGAAGGAGAAGGAGAAGGAGAAGGAGAAGAGCGGCAAGCAGAAGGGCAAAGAACGCAGAAAGCGGCCCGAGCAGCGCAGGACCUGAACGCACUGCGCGCCGGCUGUCAGCCAAUCAGAUUGCGGCCUUCUUACAAGUUGGACGGUCAAAGUGCAUUCCCCCCCCCCCCCUCUCGCUCAUAUGCAAAUGAGACGCAAAUGCUGUUAACUAUGGAUCUGUGUAAGAACAUUUAUUGUCACGCUUUCCAAUAAAAGACUUUUAUUGUGAAAGAA